AAUCCUUGAGAAGCAAUUAAAACGUAAAAUCACUUCUUCCGACUCCUUUCCUCCGACACCGGAGAGACCGAUUCUCUCUCUCUCUCUCUCUCCCGCCGGAACCAACAGAUUCCAAUUGAAUGUUAAACCCAAUCAAAGGAAGAAGAAUUUGAUUUCAAAGAAAGUCUUUCGAUGGGGAACAAAAUCGCUCGAACGACACAAGUCUCGGCGACGGAGUACUACCUCCACGACUUGCCUUCCUCUUACAAUCUCGUCCUCAAGGAGGUUCUAGGUCGCGGGAGAUUCUUCAAGUCGAUCCUCUGUAAGCACGACGAAGGGUUGGUCCUCGUCAAGGUCUAUUUCAAGCGCGGCGACUCGAUCGAUCUCAGGGAGUACGAGAGGCGUCUUGUGAAGAUAAAGGAUGUGUUUUUGUCUCUGGAGCAUCCUCACGUCUGGCCUUUUCAGUUUUGGCAAGAGACUGAUAAAGCGGCUUAUUUGGUGAGGCAAUACUUUUUCAGUAACCUGCAUGAUCGGUUGAGUACUCGGCCUUUCCUCAGUCUUGUGGAGAAGAAAUGGUUGGCGUUUCAGUUGCUUCUUGCUGUGAAGCAGUGCCAUGAGAAGGGUAUAUGUCAUGGUGAUAUCAAGUGCGAGAAUGUUUUGGUCACUUCCUGGAACUGGCUUUACCUUGCUGACUUUGCGUCUUUCAAACCCACAUACAUUCCUUAUGAUGAUCCUUCAGACUUUUCCUUCUUUUAUGAUACAAGGGAACGAAGGCUUUGUUAUCUGGCUCCAGAGAGAUUCUAUGAGCAUGGAGGUGAGACCAAAGUUGCACAAAAUGCUCCAUUAAAGCCAUCCAUGGAUAUAUUUUCUGUGGGGUGCGUGAUAGCAGAGCUUUUUCUUGAGGGUCAGCCACUAUUUGAACUUGCUCAGCUUCUCGCUUAUCGCAGAGGACAACAUGAUCCUAGCCAACACCUUGAAAAGAUUCCUGAUCCUGGAAUUCGCAAGAUGAUUCUUCAUAUGAUUCAGUUAGAACCCGAAGCACGCCUAUCAGCUGAAAACUACCUGCAAAAUUAUGUGGGAGUUAUUUUCCCAAACUACUUCUCACCAUUUCUGCACACUUUGUACUGUUGUUGGAAUCCACUUCCUUCAGAUAUGAGGGUAGCAACUUGCCAGGGCAUAUUUCAAGAAAUACUUAAGAAGAUGAUGGAAAAUAAGCCAGGUGAUGAGAUGGGUGUUGAUUCUCCUAUACCUUCACAUCCAGUGAACGCAAGCAAGGUACAAGAAACUUUUGCAAAUCAGAAACUGAACACGUCGAAGGACUUGAUAAGGGAUACUGUAAACUCUAAGGACGAGACCCUUUACUCUAUUUCUGAUGCACUCAAGAAAAAUCGCCAUCCUUUCUUGAAAAAGAUAACAAUGGACGAUUUGGGUACACUGUUGUCUCUCUAUGAUAGCCGUUCCGACACUUACGGAACUCCUUUUCUACCUGUAGAGGUUAACAUGAGAUGCGAGGGGAUGGUUCUGAUUGCGUCUAUGCUCUGCUCCUGUAUCCGCAAUAUCAAGUUGCCUCAUUUGAGGAGGGAAGCCAUACUUCUGUUGAGGUCUUGCUCUUUGUAUAUUGAUGAUGAAGAUCGCUUACAGCGUGUACUUCCGUAUGUUGUUUCCCUGCUUUCUGAUACAACAGCAAUCGUGCGGUGUGCUGCCAUGGAAACUCUAUGUGACAUUCUGCCGCUUGUCCGAGAUUUUCCUCCCAGUGAUGCGAAGAUUUUUCCUGAGUAUAUAUUUCCGAUGCUCUCCAUGCUUCCUGAUGAUCCAGAAGAGAGUGUGAGGAUAUGUUAUGCCAGCAAUAUUGCGAAACUUGCUCUUACUGCUUAUGGAUUCUUGAUACAUUCUUUCCAACUGAGCAACGUAGGGGUUCUUAAUGAAUCAACUUCGCCGCAGAUCUCCAGUACAUCUGCUAGUGAGCUCCAAAAGGCAAAUGGCGAAGCACAGCUUUCACAGCUUAGGAAAACUAUUGCCGAAGUUGUUCAAGAGCUUGUUAUGGGUCCAAAACAGACACCGAAUGUUAGAAGAGCACUCCUUCAUGACAUAGGGGAGCUUUGCUUUUUCUUUGGUCAGAGGCAGAGUAACUACUUUCUACUGCCCAUCCUCCCUGCCUUUCUUAACGACAGAGAUGAACAGCUAAGAUCUGUAUUCUUCGAGAAAAUUGUUUACGUAUGCUUCUUUGUCGGUCAGAGAAGUGUGGAGGAGUACCUCUUGCCUUAUAUUGAUCAAGCUUUAAGUGAUCAGACGGAGGCUGUCAUUGUCAAUGCACUGGAUUGCUUAUCCAUACUGUGCAAGAGUAGCUUCUUGCGGAAGAGAGCUCUUCUCCAAAUGAUAGAGUGCGUUUAUCCUUUGCUGUACUAUCCAUCUCAAUGGGUAAGGAAGGCAGUCGUCACUUUCAUCGCUGCCUGUAGUGAAUUCUUAGGUGCUGUCGACUCUUUUGCCUUUAUCGCCCCAGUGAUACGUCCCUUUCUCAGUAGACUUCCCGCAUCAAUUGCUUCUGAGGAAGGUUUGUUUUCAUGCCUAAAGCCCCCAGUCACAAGGGAAGCCGUUUACCGUAUCUUGGAAACUGCCAGGAAACCAGAAAUCGCUGACAAACAGCGGAAGAUAUGGUACAGUACUUCACCUCAGUCUGGGACCUUGAACUUGUUAGAACACGGGGCCGAACAGAAGAAAAGCGUGGAAGGGAAAAAACCGAUUAUGAACGCAUUACAGCAGCAAGAAGUUCAAGGAAAGUAUGCAGAGAAAGAUGCUAAACUGAGAAUCCCGAGAAACCCAAGACUCAAUGCUUCUAACACAGUUGAGCUCCGUGAUCACUUGAAUCAGGAGAAGUUACAGUUCUCUGGGCUUAUGGCACCAUACAUGUCUGGUAUGAAUAACGUAACUGAACCAGAGGGGAUACCUCUCUAUUCGUUUAACAUGGACAAACGAGCAGCCACGAAUCCUCCUGUGGCUUCUGAGUCUUCAUUGCAGAUGAAUUCUCUGGGCAUGAGUUCGUUGUCAGUACCAUGGAUGGAUUCCAUGAGCAAGUCGUUUAACUUGGCUAGUUCGGUUCCAGUGCCUAAGCUAGUUUCUGGAUCAUUCCAUGUUGGCACCAAUCCUAAACAGUUUUACAGAGUGGUACAUGAGCCAGAAAGCAGAGAAAACGAGCAAAUGUCCUCAGUCAUCAGCAAGUUUCAAGACCUCGGUGUAUCCACCUCCUUGAAAAGCGCUUCUGUGACUUCAGAAGACGCGUCUUCAAUAUCGGAUCUCGUAGGAGAACCAUCUUCGUCGAGGACAUCGGUUCCUGAUUCAGGUUGGAAGCCUCGUGGAGUAUUAGUUGCUCAUCUACAGGAGCACCGCUCUGCGGUCAACGACAUUGCCACUUCAAGCGAUCAUAGCUUUUUCGUUAGCGCAUCAGAUGAUUCAACAGUAAAGGUGUGGGACUCUAGAAAGCUGGAAAAGGACAUCUCGUUUAGGUCAAGGCUAACGUAUCAUCUCGAGGGAAGCAGAGGGAUGUGCACAACAAUGCUUAGGAAUUCAACUCAAGUUGUAGUUGGAGCCUCCGACGGUGUGUUACAUAUGUUUUCCAUUGACCAUAUCUCCAGAGGCUUGGGGAAUGUGGUGGAGAAGUAUUCAGGCAUUGUUGAUAUCAAAAAGAAGGAUGUUAAAGAAGGCGCCUUACUUUCUCUUUUGAAUUAUACCUCUGAUAGCUUAUCUGGCCCGAUGGUAAUGUAUAGCACCCAAAACUGUGGGAUCCACCUUUGGGAUACAAGAUCAGAUAUAGAUGCGUGGACGCUGAAAGCAAACCCUGAGGAAGGAUAUGUGUCUUCUUUGGUUACAAGCCCAUGCGGGAAUUGGUUCGUGUCUGGGUCUUCAAGGGGAGUGCUUACUCUUUGGGAUUUGAGGUUUCGUGUUCCUGUAAAUUCGUGGCAAUACCCUAUAAUAUGCCCCAUUGAAAAGAUGUGCCUCUGCUUUCUUCCUCCAAGCGCCUCGCUGUCUUCCACGAUGAGACCUUUUAUUUACGUUGCUGCUGGUUUCAAUGAAGUUUCACUCUGGAAUGCAGAUGGAGGCAUCUGUCAACAGGUAUGGAGAGUAGCCAACUAUGAAAAUGAGACGAAUGUUUCCGAGUUUCAGUGGAAGCUACCAAGCAGUAAGGCAAAUCCCAAGGCGAAUAUUCGCAAGAACAUGAGCUCCAAGUAUAGAAUUGAAGAGUUGAACGAGCCUCCUCCUCGUCUUCCUGGUAUCCGCUCGUUGCUUCCUUUACCAGGAGGCGACUUGUUAACAGGUGGUACUGACUUGAAGAUUCGGCGUUGGGAUUACUCCAGCCCUGAGAGAAGUUACUGUAUAUGCGGUCCGAGUUUGAAGGGAGUUGUAAAUGAUGAUUUCUACGAACUCAAAACCAACUCUGGAGUGCAAUUUGUUCAGGAGACAAUGAGGCGGCCUCUGGCGACCAAACUGACGGCAAAGGCAGUACUUGCAGCGGCUGCAACAGACACAGCAGGAUGUCACCGUGACUCAGUUCAGUCUCUGGCAUCAGUGAAGCUGAACCAGAGACUGUUAAUAUCAAGCAGCAGAGAUGGAGCGAUCAAGGUCUGGAAGUAAAAGAUUUCUUUGUAUGUACAGUGUUGUUAUAGUGUUUCUUCUUCUCUACCGUUUUUUUCAUUGUUAACAUCAGAUGCUAAAAAAAACUUUUUAGCUUUGUAACUUUAGCUUAUGUUUAUUUACUUGUAAAAACUUUUCUUUUGUUUGAUUAAAACAAAUGAUAAAACUAACAGUUUACUGCUUUUCU